AUGCACAGUGCGGAGUUCCUUCGGUCUAGACUGCUCAAGGAACGCCGCACUCCACAGAAGAGGCAGACGCCGUCCACGUCCAUCGCAGCUCGAGCUUCAUCUUCAGCCACCACCACCUCGUACGGCCUCCUUCGCCAUCCCAGCAUCGUCGCUGGCUCAUAUCCCAUCAUGCUGGAUCACUUUACCAUCUUCACCAAGAACGGCUUUGUCCUUUGGUCCAAGACCUUCAGUCCAGCGCUCAGCAGCUCCGAUGCAUCCGCCAAUCCUGUCAACUCGCUGAUCAAGCAGGCCUUCCUUGAGCAGCGUACAGCCGAUCAGAAGUUCGACAAGGACGGAUACACACUUCGAUGGACGUUUGCCAACGAGCUCGACCUCACCUUUGUUGUCGUCUACCAGCGAAUCCUCCAACUCUCCUACAUCGACGAGCUCCUCGACACCAUCCGCUCUCUGUUUGCAGACCUCUUUGCCCCCUUCGUGCAAAAGCUCGCCCUCGCAUCCAACAGUGCCCUCUCUUCAGGAACAUCCAAAGCCGCUACAUUGUCCGAAAGUGCGCGGCUCGAGUUCGCAGCCGCUUUGAAGGAAUGGGACGACAUCUUCACCAAGACGCUCAGGAACCUCGAGAAAGCUGCUGCACAGUCCAAGCGAAAGGGCGUGCUUGGCGAGAAGAAGGGCGCAACCAACCAAGCACAGAUCGCAGCAGGCUCCGACAAGGACAGCGGUCACAAUACCCCGAGCUCGACCAAGGACGUUAAAGAUUCCACCGACAUUGCUAAGAGCGUUGAAGCACUCAAAAGUCGGCUCAAGCUUGAAGCUAGUCCGGGCGGCAGGCGUGUGGUGCGCGGCAAGAAGAGCACCCCGGCCAUCUCAGCCUCCAAUGGUGGUAGUGCUCCCGGCACUCCUGGUCACGCCAGCGGCACCGAGUCGCCUGGUAGUAAGAAGCCCAAAGCCACCAAGGAGAUGCGCAAAUGGGACGGUAGCCGCAGCGUCAGCGCCCAGCAGGUAGCUUCACUCGAUUUCAGUGGCGCUACUGAAAAGACCGACGAUGACGGCGCCGGACUUGAUAGCUGGAUCGACGAAAAGAGUAUGGGCACCAAGCGAUCGGACGGCGUCUACGAGAUCGCUGAUGUCUUGGACGAUGACGAUGACGAUGACGAUGAAGCCGACGACGACGAUGACGCAGAUGGAGACGCAGCUGCAGGAGGAAGCACUGCCAAAUCUGCUGGUUUUCUUUCCCGCAUUGGAUCAGCUUCAUCCUCUGGAGCUUCUUUCUUCUCCAGGCUCACCGGCGCCAAGACUCUCACCAAAGAGGAUCUUGCACCUGCACUCUCUGCCAUGGCGUCGCAUCUUCAGAGCAAGAACGUCGCUGCCGAUGUCGCCCAACGCCUUUGCGACAGCGUGGAGCGCAACUUGGUCGGCAAAAACCUCGGAAGCUUUGGCUCGGUCAAACUCGAAGUCAAGAAGGCGCUCGAAGAGGCCAUCACCCGCAUCCUCACGCCCAAAUCAAGCACCGACAUUCUCCUCGAGAUCGCCACCAAGAGGCAGCGGUCCGCCGCUGCCUCAUCGCUGGCACUGGCAACAAGCGCCAAGGACAAGGAGCUGGCCAGCAAGCCGGACCCGUACUCGAUCUGCUUUGUCGGUGUCAAUGGCGUCGGCAAAUCGACCAACCUCGCCAAGGUGUGCUUCUGGUUGCUCCAGAACCGAAUGCGCGUGCUCAUCGCUGCUUGUGAUACCUUCCGAGCUGGUGCCGUCGAGCAAUUGCGUGUUCACGUCCGCAAUCUGGGCCAGCUACGCGUCGACGGCAUCACUCUCGACGAGCAGAAGGGCCGCAUCGAGCUCUACGAACGUGGCUACGGCAAGGAUGCUGCCGGCAUCGCCAAAGAUGCCCUAUCGUAUGCGAAAGCGGAAGGCUUCGAUGUGGUGCUCAUCGACACGGCCGGUCGUAUGCAGGACAACGAGCCGCUCAUGAGGGCUCUUGCCAAGCUCGUCUCGGUCAACCGUCCGGACAAGAUCAUCUUUGUGGGCGAGGCGUUGGUAGGCAACGAGGCUGUGGACCAGAUUACCAAGUUUGACGGCGCGAUGAAGGACUUCAGCGGUGUCAGCAACCCGCGCGGGCUCGACGGCAGCUUGUUGACCAAGUGGGACACCGUCGACGACAAGGUCGGAACCGCCCUCACAACCACUUCGGCCACCGGCUUGCCCAUUUACUUCCUUGGCACGGGACAGACGUACACCGACCUUCGACAGCUUCGUGUGCAUCAUGUGGUCAACGCUCUGCUCAAGAAUUGA